AAAGAAGGAAGGAAAAACCUGGAAGACUUUGCCGUAUCACAUAAGCUGAAAUGGAAGUUCAACACGCCCGCAAGCCCCCAUCAAGGAGGAUUUUUCGAGAGCAUGGUGAAGUUGACGAAAUCCGCACUGAAGGCCAUCGUUGGUCAACAAACGUUGUCAUGGAACGACAUGGCGACAGUGUUUGCAGAGGUAGAAUGCUUGAUUAAUUCCCGACCUCUUGGAUAUCCAUCCAAUGAUGCCAACGACUUGCAGCCGCUGACACCAAACCACCUCAUCUUAGGACGUGCCACAUCAGAGACACCACAAGGUCCAUUCCAAGAAUAUGUUCAGUCAUUAAUCCAGCAGUUUUGGCAACGGUUUCAACGGGAGUAUCUGCAGAGUUUGAUGCGCCGAACAAAGUGGAGGCAAAAGAAGAGACAGCCAAAGGUCAAUGACAUCGUAAUGUUGGUAGACGACAAUCUCCCACGCGGGAGGUGGAACAUGGCACGUAUCGUCGAGGUUAUGCCGGGACAAGACGGUGUGGUAAGAAACGUAAUCGUGAAGACGAAGACGGGAACUUAUAAACGUGUGAUAUGGUAUAAUUGCCUGAUGCCUAGGCUUGUCAGCCAAUUCUUCACCCAAAGAUCCCUUCAGACAGAAGACGAGCUUCUUAAUUGCAGUGAGAUGGAUUGGCAAUGUGUAACUAGGACGGACAGAUUCUCUUUGGCGAUAUUUGACGUAACUAUAACCGUCCCAACACCCGCACCAUGAUGCUCCAAUUAUAGCCUAAAUUUUCACAUAUAAGGUAUUGUACACACAUUUUUUUACAAUUAAAAAUUUUUAUUGACGACUGUUUAAUGCUUAUUAAAUACACUCCAUAUGCAUGAUAGAAAUUUUCGCAGUUUUUAUUAUUUUCCACAAUUUGGUGCAAAAAA